AUGUUUCUUUCCUCAAUUCCACCACCAGUACCUGACCGACCUCACUCCCAUACUCCCCCCCACCUCACCGUACAACAAAUACAAGACCGUCCUCUGCCUCAAGCACCAGAAAGUCCUUCUACAACCGAAUUACCUAUAUACACACCUGUGGCUCGACCACACGAGAGAACAAUCACCCCCGGCUCUUCACUUUCUAUCCCUACUCAGCCUACUCAGCCUCAGUUACGGACAUGUCACAGCUGGGCGGCAUUACCCCGGUACUCGACUUAUGACGACAGCAGUCCUUCUGCGAGUGCCUGGCAUAGUUGGAGCGCCUCGAACGGUAGCGACACGGAUAGUUUCAUACAGAGGAGCAGCGAGUCGAGUGUCGACACCUUCGUAGCAUCAGAGCUGCUUCAGCAUCGACAGUUCGAGGAAGACGCUAUCCAGCGAUUCCAAGCCUCUCAACUCCCCUCCGACGAGGAAUGGCACCAUCUCGUACCCCGCGCUGCUCUAUCCUCCCUCCCGAAGAAAGAGGUCCAGCGACAGAGCAUCAUCUUCGAGAUUAUUAAGUCUGAGCGGGACUAUGUCUCCGACCUGGCAGCAGUAGAGGAUGUCUACAUCGCGACCCUUCGCUCAUCCCCCAUUCUCGCACAGCAAGCCCACCCUUUUCUUCUAGAGGUCUUCUCCAACUUGCCUGCUAUAAGAGCCCAACACGACGUCCUCCUCAGCCGUCUAUUUGAGCGCCAACGCUCUCAACACCCCUACACUCUCUCCAUCGCGGAUAUAAUCCUCGACUCUAGCCUGCGUAGCACCUCGGCUUACGAGACAUACAUCAAGCACUACCCACUCGCCGAAGCCCGCCACCGACGAGAGCUCCAGAUCAACCCAGCUUAUGCUUCCCUUCUCGAGGCCUUCUCAGACGAUCCCCGGAUCCGGAAGCGCGAUGUGAUCACCUUCCUCUCCCGGCCUGUGACUCGCUUGCCCCGCCUCGCCCUCCUAUUGGAAAACAUGCUCCAGCAUACCGAACCUUCGCACCCAGAUGCUCAGGACGCAGAGCUUAUACUCUCUGUUCUGCGCUCUUUCGUCCGGUCCACCCAGCCGGGCAUCGCAGCCUCGGACGCUAAAGUCCGCUUCUGGACUCUGUGCGAAACCUUGGUCUUCCGGAAAGGAGAGCUCAUGGAUCUGGACUUGUAUGACCAGAAGCGGACCCUCGUACACUCAGGUCACCUGGGGCGGAAGAACACCCAGUGGGUGGAUCUGCACGUCGCGCUCCUGGAUAACUAUAUGCUAUUGACCCAGCAGGAGCCUCAUCUUGGGAAGCAUGUCGUCGUUUCCCGACCCCUACCUCUCCAGUAUCUACGUCUCGGAUCCUUCACCGAUCCCCCCGAAUCUCGACUAUUCAAUUGGCACGCCCCCGAUUCCUUCUCGACUUCGCGCGACCAGAUCUGGCCAUUCACUGUCUACCAUGUCGCCGACCGGGCGCAGAGGCGCUAUACGCUCUAUGCCGAGACGGAAGAGAAGAGGCAACAGUGGCACGACGCCCUCGUAGAUGCCCUGGGAGUGAUGAGCGUUCAGCAGGAAUCGAAUCGUUGGUUCGCUACCAACGCCCUCAGCAAAGCAUUCCGCUUGCAGGGUAAGGUCCCUAAAGUCAAGCUCCCUGGGCCUAUUGUUUGCGCCGCUUCCUUCACCUUGGGGAAGGAGAUCGUACUCGUGGCAUGUGCGAACAGCGUCUGGGUAGGAUUCAGAGGAGACGGAAAGUCAUACCGCAAAGCGCUCAAGCUCUCACACGUGACCAACAUGGCCGUCCUGCCCCACUCCGACCAUCUCCUGAUUCUGUACGACGAGCAGCUCGUCUCCUACUCCCUUACGAACAUCGCUCGUUUCCUGGCUGGGGAUGGACAAGCGCUCACGAGCCGUCCGGAACGUGUCUCUCUUCGCGACGAGCACGUAUCGUUCUUUGCUGUCGGAGGGAUGGAGGGACGGAGGGUGGUGGUUUACGCUGCCAGGAGAAGCGUCAAGAAGAUGUUCAUCGCUCUGCAGCUGUCCGAUACCGGGACGCCAGUGAACACUGGAGAAGAGUGGGAUCGGCGGUCCUUGGAGGCCGUAAAGGGCAAGAGGAAGGAUAGCGAGGACGAAAGAGAAGACAAAGAUGACAAGAAAGGAAGAUCAAAACAUUUCGUUCCUUACGGUUCGCCAUUCUACGCUAAGGAUGCGUAUGACUUCGCUAUUCUGCAGAAGAAAAUUGCCGUCUGUACUGACAAGGGCAUGACGAUCUAUGACCCCGCUGCCCCUGACGCUGCCCCCGGUCUCGUUGUGCCGGAUCUAUUGCACGUUUCGGGCGACAAAGCCCUUGCCGCGCUUAAACAGCGCUGCGAAUCCUCUAAGCCCCUCGGCCUAGUCCGCUCAGGCGAAACCGAGCUCUUGGUCGUUUUCGACCAUUUUGGCUGUUACGUCAACAUGCGACGCGAGCCGGCGCGGCACGGUACCUUCGUCAGAUGGGAGAUCCAUGCCCAACGGGUCGUCUUCCGCCAACCCCACUUGCUGCUAUUCGACCAUACGGGGGACUAUCUUGAGGUGCGGGACGUGGGUACGGGAAGGCUGGAACAGGUUAUUGAGGGUCAGAAUAUCCGACUGUUGGGGGACAUUUCCGGAGGUCCAGUACUGCUCGCCAAACGGGGAGAGUCGGUUGAUGGAGUUGUGCAAGAUGUUUUGACGGAAUUGGUUCAGACGCAGUCGCUUGCACCGCAGAGACCGAUUUGGGACGAACGAGGGUUGUGGUAGGGCUUACAUCUGAUGGUCGUCCUUGUACCUAACACAAUGUUUGAUCUAUCCGGCGGAUAUAGCCUUCGGUCCAUCACGCAUACAUGCGUCUCCAUCUCUCUCUUCAACCAUCUUCUUGCCCCAGGGCAAAUGGUGAUUGCAGAGCGGAGUCUUAC